AUGCCACUGGACCCUUCUAACGUUAUUUUUACUGGUCUAGGCGCUGCUCGAAGUUCGGAAACCGCUCCUUGGAGUUGUGGGACACUUGAAGGACUAAAGCACAACACAACUGUUGACACAGUUCAUCAAGAUGAAGCGAUCAAGAUUCUCACCCGAUAUGCAGGCAAUGAGACCUCGACAGCAGAAGAAGAAAAGAAGUUAGUUCGAAGAAUAGACCGAAAGCUAGUGUCGAUUCUGUGUAUUACUUAUGGCCUUCAAUACUACGAUAAGGCAAUGUUGUCUCAAGCUGUACGGCCCUUGUUCCCCAACGUGGGCAAUCGCUAUUCCCUUCCAGCCAGCAUAUUCUAUCUUGGCUUUAUCGUGGGCUCGUACCCUGCCAUUCUCAUGGCACAGCAUUGGGUCAUUGAAAGAGUUGCAGCCGGUAUCGUGUUAUUUUGGGGUAUCUGCCUCAUGUGCUCAGCGGUAUGCCACAAUUGGCAGGGUUUCUACGCCCAGAGAUUUUCCCUGGGUUUCCUUGAAUCUGGAAUUUCCCCGAUGUUCAUGCUUGUUGUUGGUGGCUGGUACAAGAAGCGCGAGCAAGCCUUGAGGAUGGGGGCUUGGUAUUCUUGCACAGGAUACGUUUCGGCGGUCUCCCCGCUUAUCAAUUACGGUCUCGGCCACAUCAAGGGGGGCUUUCUCAACAACUGGCAGUAUAUGCACCCCGUCGCUGGCGUGCUCACAGUAUUCUGGUCGCUCGUGAUUCUCUUAUUCAUGCCACCGGAUCCGAUCCAUGCCAAAGGCUUCGGCGACCGUGAGCGCUACAUUGCUGUCGCUCGCAUGCGGCAAAACAAUUUAGGCGUCCGCAACACCCACUUUAAGAUUGGUCAGCUCCGGGAGGCUCCUUUAGACGUAAAAUUCUGGCUCAUCUGUACCAUCGCGUUCCUGAUGAUGAUUGCGAACGGCCUUGUUUUGUCUUUUAUCCCGAUUAUCAUCUCCGGGUUCGGAUUUAACAGCCUUAACUCUCUGCUCUUGGCCCUCCCCGCAGGCGUCAUUAUUGGCAGCAUCGAACUCGGAGUGCCCUAUCUUGCCUACCGACUCCCGCUGAGCGCCAAGGGAGGUCUUCUGUUUGCCUGCUACAUUCUGGCCUCAUUUGGCGGAGGCUACGCUGUUACUAUGGGUCUGCAAAUCGCCAACACUGCGGGGUAUACAAAGCGUUCCGUUACUUCUUCUGGGAUCUUUGUGGGUUACUGUCUCGGCAAUUUAGUCGGACCCUUGCUUUUCAAACCCAAAGAUGCCCCAGUUUAUGCUCCAGGCUUCAUCGCAGUGCUUAUCACAUCGAUCAUUGUUGGGCUGCUCACGAUCGUAUACAGCUUUGUCUGCAUCUGGGAUAACCAACGCAGAGACGAAUCGGGCACAAUGGAAGCCUCCGAACACGCAUACGAAGAUGAUCAUACAGACAAGACGAAAAAUCAAUUCAGAUACACACUGUGA